UUUGGAAAAAAAAUAUCCAGUUGAAAAAACCGCAGAGCACCGCACUUGGAACGUUCAACCUAAAAUCAAACAGCAAUGAGACCGCUUAUCAAGGGUGGCAUUUGGAAGAAUACAGAGGAUGAAAUCCUCAAAGCCGCUGUCAGUAAAUACGGAAAAAAUCAGUGGGCUCGUAUUUCUUCCUUGCUCGUCAGAAAGUCGCCCAAACAGUGUAAAGCACGAUGGUACGAGUGGCUCGAUCCUAGUAUUAAAAAGACGGAAUGGUCCAAAGAAGAAGACGAAAAGCUACUCCAUCUCGCCAAACUGAUGCCGACUCAAUGGCGUACAAUUGCUCCCAUUGUCGGACGUACGUCGGCACAGUGUCUUGAACGAUACCAGCGACUUUUGGAUGAAGCCGAAGCACGGGAAGCUGGAGGCGAUCUUGGCUUGACAGGCUCCAUUGGACACGAAAGUGGUCCCAGUGCGGACGAUGUGCGAAAAUUGCGACCGGGUGAAGUGGAUCCCGAACCUGAAAGCAAACCUGCACGACCUGAUCCUGUCGACAUGGACGAAGACGAAAAGGAAAUGUUAUCAGAAGCCCGUGCCAGAUUGGCUAAUACACAGGGUAAAAAGGCCAAGCGAAAGGCAAGAGAGCGACAACUUGAAGAAGCUCGUCGUCUUACGUCACUACAAAAGCGUCGUGAACUCAAAGCGGCCGGUAUCAAUUUCCGUAUCAAGAAGAAGAAGAAUGACAUGGAUUACAACGCUGAUAUACCUUUUGAAAAGAAAGUGCCGCUUGGUUUUUACGAUGUGACAGUGGAGAAGAACCGUACAGUAGAUCCCGGCAAAUUGACCAACGUGCAUCUGUCCAAAUUAAAUCGACGACGUGCAGACAUCGAAGAGGAGAAGCAACGAGAAAAGAAGCGAAAGAAUCGAGACAAUGCCGGUGCUCAAGCGCAAGGCAAUCAAGGUCGAUUUGUGCCGGCCAAGGAUGCGAAACUGAUUAAAAUGCAGGAACAAGAACAGAUUGCCAAACGACGUAAACUGGUUCUUCCUGCACCGCAAGUAGGCGAGUCGGAACUGGAGGAAAUCGUGAAAUCGGGAUUUGCAGGGGAAUCAGCCAAAUCGCUCGUCCAAGAUGAAGAAGGAGCUACUCAAGGUCUCAUUAGUGAAUACUCUGUCACACCAGCCACGUUAUCCUCGGUUCGCACCCCUCGCGCUCCUCCACAACAGGAUACGAUCAUGAUGGAAGCACGUAACCUGCGUGCGCUGACAAGUUCGCAGACUCCACUGUUGGGUGACGAGAAUCUGUCCCUUCAUGAAGGUACUGGUUUUGCUGGUUCCACGCCAAUGGCAAUGCAGUUACGAACACCUAAUCCUAUGGCGACGCCUGUGCGAGGUGAAUCCGAAGGCGCGUUAACAGAAACACCCAGUACACCCUUCAAAACGCCUCUGCGUGAUCAUUUCAAGAUCAAUGAACAGGGACAAAUGGUCGGUGAAACGCCACGAGAAGAACGUAUGAUGCAAGCACAAAAGAAACGUCAGCUGUUGCAAGGCUUGUCUAGUUUACCGAAACCUCGCAAUGAAUGGGAAAUUCGAUUACCCGACUUGGAGGAAGACAAGCCAGCAGAAGAAAAGAAGCGAAAGGAAGCCAUUCAAGAUAUGAGUGAUAUCGAAAAAGAAAACAAAGAGAGAGCCGAAAGAGAAGAGCAAGAACAGCAAGCACGUCGUUCACUAGCGGUGCAGAGAGGAUUACCACGACCUGCGACCUUGCCUUCAUCCAAAGUCACGACUGACGACGAAAUCGAGCGAUUAAUAGAGGAAGAGUUUAUGCGACUUCUCAAACACGAUGCCAUCAAAUAUCCCGUUGCCGGCGGUAAGAUCGCUCCCGGGGCCACUGACCUGGGCGAUCUGGCUGAUUUGGAAGACGAGUUUGAUUCUAAAGCGCUCGAAGAUGCUCGGCAAGAGAUGGAUAAGGAAGUGGCGAGCUUAUUAAACCUUUCAGAAGAAGAGUCUGUCAAGGACGCUGUGUGGAAAUGGGUCUCUUCUCAAAAGGAGUUUGAACCUUUCUGGACCAAGGAGCAUGAAGAAAUUCUCUUCUCAGCCAAAUUCAAUCAGUUCAUGCGGUUGGAAGAUAUGCCGGAUGAAAAGGACAAAAUCAAUGGUUUGGAAAAGAUGAUUGAGUCUAACCGCCAGACCAUGAUUCGCGACGCUACACGAGCUGGCAAACUGGAAAAGAAAAUGGAUGUCCGAUUAGGUGGUUACAUGGCACGAUCACAGGCGUUGUCCAAGCAGAUCAGCGAUGCUUUUGAUGAAUUCGAAGCGGCCAAGAUCGAAUACGAGACGUAUCUGAAUCUGCAAAUUGCCGAGAAAGCCGCCAUUCCUCGUCGUGUGGGUGCACUGGAAGAAGAAGUAAACAAACUGGCGCGACGAGAACGUGAAUUACAGCAAAAGUACAAAGAUUUGAACGAUGAAAAGAAUGAUUAUUUAUCUGUCAUUGUUUAAGGAAAAAGAAUUUAUCAGUCAUCCAAAGAAAAUAAAACACAUCCAAUCAAUUACUUCCAUUCCAAAAAAUCAUGGACCUGCGUGAAAUAAAAACAGAGAUCAGUUGCGG